AAUAGGCUAUAAUUAUUCUUAAUAUUAAUCGUAUACCCUUGAAGGUGUGCUCGUGUAGAGAACGUACUUAAUAUAAUGAACUGGUAAUAUAUAGGCUAUACAGGAACACCGUCAAAGUAUACAUGACAGAUACUGCGUUAUUUGACGAGAACGUGUCAGGUGGGAGGUGAGGAGGAUACGGGGAUGGAAAGGGGCUGCAUUUAAAUGAGGAACCGACCAAUGCAAAUCACUGCAAUAGCACCACGGAGGAAGAAAGCAGCUGCAGCCCUGCCUACCGUCUUUCACACAGACGUAGACGGGACAACAAAGAGGGUCCAGGUUUGCGCUCUCCGUCAACGCCGCAGAAAACCCAGCCCGAAAGCGCUGAAAUUUAUAAUUUAAGUCUGAAGGCCAUCAUAGGGAAUAAAAUAUUGACGGGAUUCGAUACAGAUUCCAAUUUAAGGGUCUUGCAUCGGUGUAGCGUCCUUGGGGAAAGACAUGGAGUUGGAGCAUUUUGACGAGCGGGACAAAGCGCAGAGAUACAACCGCGGCAGCUCUCGGGCGAACGGGCUGCCCAGUCCCACGCACAGCGCCCACUGCAGCCUCUACCGAACCCGAACCCUCCAAGCGCUCAGCUCGGAGAAGAAGGCGAAGAAAGUCCGCUUCUACCGCAAUGGAGACCGCUACUUCAAGGGGAUUGUAUACGCCAUCUCUCCGGACAGGUUCCGGUCUUUCGAGGCUUUACUUGCCGACCUCACCCGGUCUCUAUCUGACAAUGUCAACCUGCCGCAGGGGGUCCGGAUCAUCUACACCGUCGACGGCUCCAAGAAGAUCACUGGCUUGGAUCAACUGGUGGAAGGAGAGAGCUACGUGUGCGGGUCCGUGGAGGCCUUCAAGAAGCUGGAAUACACCAAGAACGUCAACCCCAACUGGUCGGUCAACGUGAAGACCCUGGCGGCGGCCCGGGGCCCCCCCUCCCUCGGCAGCGCCAAGGCCGGCCCCUCGGAGACCCGGGAGAGCAAGGACUUCAUCCGGCCCAAGCUGGUCACCAUCAUCCGCAGCGGCGUCAAGCCGCGCAAGGCCGUGCGCGUCCUGCUCAACAGGAAGACCGCCCACUCCUUCGAGCAGGUGCUCACCGACAUCACCGACGCCAUCAAGCUCGACUCCGGCGUGGUCAAGAGGCUCUACACCGUCGACGGAAAACAGGUGGUGUGCCUUCAGGAUUUUUUCGGGGAAGACGACAUCUUCAUCGCUUGCGGCCCGGAGAAAUUCCGCUACCAAGAUGACUUCCUGCUGGAUGAAAGUGAGUGCAGGGUGGUGAAGUCCACGUCCUACGGCCGGAUCUCCUCCAUGCAGGGCAGGGGGUCCCCCCGCAGUUCCGGGCCGUCCCGAAGGAGCAAGUCCCCGGCCUCCACCGGCUCGGUCAAUGGGAAUGCGGGCAGCCAGCUGUCCACUCCUCGGUCGGGGAAGUCCCCCAGCCCCUCCCCCACCAGUCCAGGAAGUCUCCGAAGACGUCGGGGCUCCCAGCACAGUGGGUCCUCAUUGUCCCUGGCUUCCACCAAAGUCUGCAGCUCCAUGGACGAAGGGGACGGAGCAGGAAGUGAAGCGGAGCUGAUGGACGAGUACCCCCAGGUGCCCGUCUCCAUCGCGGAGCGCUACAAAGUGGGCCGGACGAUCGGGGACGGAAACUUCGCGGUGGUGCGCGAGUGCGUGGAGAGGUCCACCGGCAGGGAGUACGCCCUGAAGAUCAUCAACAAAGGAAAAUGCAGAGGAAAGGAACACAUGAUCCAGAACGAGGUGUCCAUCCUCAGACGGGUGAAGCACCCCAACAUCGUGCUGCUGAUCGAGGAGAUGGACACCUACAGCGAGCUCUACCUGGUCAUGGAGCUGGUCAAGGGGGGUGACCUCUUCGAUGCCAUCACCUCUACCAGCAAGUACACCGAGCGCGAUGCCAACGGCAUGCUGUACAACCUAGCCAGCGCUAUCAAAUACCUGCACAGCCUUAACAUAGUCCACCGUGACAUCAAACCAGAGAACCUACUGGUUUAUGAACACCAAGACGGUAGCAAGUCCCUGAAGCUGGGAGAUUUUGGCCUGGCCACGCUCGUAGACGGCCCCCUUUACACGGUGUGUGGGACCCCUACGUAUGUAGCGCCAGAGAUCAUCGCCGAGACUGGGUACGGCCUGAAGGUGGACAUCUGGGCUGCGGGUGUCAUCACCUACAUCCUGCUGUGCGGGUUCCCGCCUUUCCGUGGAAGCAGCGAAGAUCAAGAAGCCCUCUUUGACCAGAUUUUGAUGGGACAGCUUGAUUUUCCUUUGCCAUACUGGGACAAUAUUUCAGACUCUGCUAAGGAGCUCAUCACAUCCAUGCUGCAGGUGGAUGUGGAUCAGAGAUACUCCGCUCUGCAAGUGCUGGACCAUCCCUGGGUCAAUGAUGACGGCCUGCCGGAGAACGAGCACCAGCUCUCCGUGGCCGGGAAAAUUAAGAAGCACUUCAACACCGGCCCCAAACCUAACAGCACCACGGCUGGGGUGUCUGUCAUUACCACCACCGCUCUUGAUAAGGAGAGGCAGGUUUUCAGACGAAGACGCCACCAGGAUGUGAGGCCCGCGGCCCGCCCGCCGCAGAGCAGCUUCCUGUCCGCCACAGCCGCCGCCGCCGCCGCCACCAGCCCCUCCCCCGCUGACUUUACCUCCGAGUCCGAGGACUACUCCCCCAGCUCCGCCGAGACGGUCCGCUCGCCCAACUCGCCUUUCUAAAGCCCCCCCCCCCCCCCACAGAACGGCGAGCGCCACGCCCGCCUGCCCACCCCCACCCAGCUGAGAGAAGGCCAGGGCGGCGAGGUAGGCCAGCAGGGGGCAGGAGGCAGGAGUGGGGAGAUUGCAUCAGAACCAACAGCGUAUUUGAGGCACAGUGGUGCAGGCAGCCUAGUCCCCACUAACCAGACACGUCCCCACAAACCAUGACUGUGUCAGGAUGCUACUGUUAUUUACACACAUACUGUAUUUAUUAUUUAUUUAUCGCUAUUUAUUUAUUUAUUUAUUUAUUGGUUUAUUGGUUUAUUUAUUUGUCAUUUUGUUUUGAAUGUUAAACUGUGGGUUGUGGUUAGAGGGAUGUUAGAUUUCUUUUAUUUCAUUUUUGUCACCCAACCCCCACCCCCUACCCUUAUCAGUCUAUAUAUGGUGAUUAAAUGCACGUGUUUGCAAAUCUACGCCCCCUAGCUGUCUAAACCAUUUCAGCGGUAUCUACGCCCCUAAUGAUCCAGUUAUGUUGAUGAUUUUUUCACACACUAUGACGCACUAGCAAAGCCUUAGUUUUUUUUAAAUUGACAGUUCCAAAUGUAAAGACAGGCAUCGGGGAACUCUAGGCCUUCUGUGGUUUAUUUUUGGGAAGGCCUAGAUGCAGCUAGGCAGCUCCCAUCUGACAGGACAUCAUGUGGACAGAAAAAAAUGUAUUCCUGGUUGUAGUAAAGUUGGGUGGAUCAGCAACAUUUAGAUCAGCAACUUUCUCCAGCUGUCGUCUCACAGGUGCUCUCAGAAGGUCCUUUGUACGUAUUGUAAAAAGAUAAUGUCAUUUCAUCAGUUCACCAUUGAUUAAUCUCACUACAUGGAGCCCUCUCUUUAGGGGUGCACUAAAUACUUCCACACAAAUCCAUCACUUCAGACCUUUAUUUCCUGCAUGCUUUAUUACAACACAACUUGCGAUGGAGCAGUGGCCAGAGCUCAGCUCACUGGUCAUUUGUGGCCACCUGGUUUUUAGUGACAUCGUGGCUCUGUAAUACUCUUUGGUGCUUUAGACCUCAUGGGGACAGAGAGCCGUCUGUGGCCUCGUUCAGACAUGCUGUUCCCUGCUGCUCGUCCGUCCAGUAACCCACUGUACCCGUAUCACACAAUCUGAACCUGCACUGGCCCGUUAAAAUGGAGAGCAUCCUCUGCUCUUUCAGCUCUCUCUGUGUUUUUGAUUGUACGACGGCCACAAGGUAACAUGUCAGGAGCCAGAUGGUAGAAAUAUACUUGUAAACUUGUCUGGUAAUGAUUUUAAAAGAUGAUUUAAAAAAUGUUGUAAUAAGGGCAGUUAAAUGAAUGUAACAACAUUACCCUGUAGUGAGUGGCCCUCGUCUGAGCUGGUCACAGCAAACAUUAGACACGCCUCCACCUCCCACAAGUCCUUGCUCUUUUUUUUUUUUUUAAUCCCAAAACCAGUAGAUAUGAGCGGAUUAUGAUUUGGCUUGGUUUCAGGAGCACGGUUCUUGUAAAGUAAAGUGGAGCUGUGUGUCCUUGAGCUGCAGGGUCUGUUGCGUACUGUACCAGCGGCGGCACUGGGAGAAGGACAGGAGGUGCUUGAGUGUUAUGCAACUUGGGGUGCACAUGUAGCAUUUUUUUAUUUGUAAAGAUAACCAAAAUCUUGUUUUUUUUUUUUGAGGAUUUGUUUCUCUCUCUCUCUCUGUCUCUUUCUUUUAUGUAUUUUCUACAUAUUAUGUUGCUGAGAAACGAUGAAAUGUGAACUGUGGUGCUUUUAAUAAAGCCGGGAGGCGACGGAGGAGAGAAAAAAGAGCGACGGACUU